CAAGUGCCCGGAUGCAGACAUUUCGCGGGAAGCCUCAAAAUGGCGGAAAGGAAGGGCAAGUCGAGGGAGAAAGGGGCGACUUCAAGACGAUCUCAGGGCAACGGAGCCGUUCCUGACAGUCAACCAGGCCCAAUGCCAACGGCAUCGUCAGAUGGAUUUGUUCGAGGGAUGAUCGUUCGGAUCAAGAUGAUCAACUUCUUCACAUAUGAUGCAUGUGAGUUCUACCCCGGAACCCAGCUGAAUGUGAUCAUUGGGCCCAAUGGCACCGGCAAGUCCAGCAUAGUGUGUGCGAUGUGCCUGGGCCUGGGGGGCAGCACCAACGUCCUAGGCAGGGCAAAGGAGAUUGGAGAGUAUGUGAAACAUUGCAAGGAAACAGGAUACAUCGAGCUGGAGCUACAUGGUGGUGAAGAUGAGGACAACGUAGUGAUCAGGAGGCAGAUUCACCGGGAUAACAGGUCAGACUGGAGUCUGAACGGUCAGCAUGCCACCCAGAAGAAAGUACAGGAGACAGUGGCCAGCUUCAACAUCCAGGUCAACAACCUGUGUCAGUUCCUACCACAGGACAGAGUAGCAGAUUUUGCCAAGAUGGACAAAUACCAACUGCUGGAAAACACAGAAAAAGCUGUUGGGUCAGCACAGUUGCACGAAGAUCACUGUCGUCUGAAGGACUUCCGACGAGAUGAGCGUCAGCUCACCAACAAGCUGGAAGAGCACAGAACUCACUUGGAGCGCCUGAAGGAAAGAAACGCUCGCUUGGAACAGGAUGUCGAACGCUACCGUGAACGGGAGAGACAUCUGGCUAAAAUUCAAGUGCUGGAAAAGAAGAAACCCUGGGCUCAAAUGGUUGAGAACCAAAAAAAGUUCAACUCAGCCAAAAGCAAGAAGACAGAGUUCACCCAGCGACUGCGCGAGGAACAGAAGAAAAAUGCCCCUCGCCAGAGGCAGGCAGAUCGCGCCAGGGAACAUGCCGCAAAGAUCGACCAAGACAUCAAGGGAAAGCAAAACCAAAUCCGCCAGACUACAGGACAGUGCAAGGAGAGAUCUGAGAACCUUGCCCAGCUGCAGGAGGAUAUCACAGAUGUACAAGAGUUAAUCAAGGAGAAGAAGCAGCAAGAGAGCGACCGUGUCAAAAUGCUGAACCAACUAAAGCGCCACCUAGGUGCCCUGCAGAAUGAACUGCAGGAAGUCAUUGAGACAGCCCAAGAUGUCACACCAAGAAUCAAUGAGAUUGGUUUGGAGCUGAGGGCUAUCAACUCAGACAUGAGGAAACUGCAGACCGAGAAAGACAGAAUCAAGGAAGAGCGCAGGGAGCUGGACAGGGACAUUAAAAGGUGUAAGGAUGAGAUCCGACACCUGGAGGAUGUGCGGAACCAGAGGCUGAACCUGCUGCGACAGAAGCACCGCCACACGUAUGACGCCGUGCAGUGGCUGCGGGCCAACAGGGACAAGUUCAAGAAGAACAUCUAUGAACCUAUCAUGCUCAUUAUGAAUGUGCCAAAUCGUGGCUAUGCCCGGUAUUUGGAGCACAUCAUCUCCUACAAUGACAUGAGGGCUUUUGUGUGUGAGGACCAGGAAGACAUGAACAAGUUUCUCAAUGAGGUGAGAGAUAACCAGAAGCUGAAGGUGAAUGCUGUCAGGGCUCCCACCAGGCCAGUGUCUGAAUUUGUGUCACAAAAACCCAUACAGCAGCUCAGGGAAAGGUACGAUUUCCAACACUACCUGAAGGAUUUGUUUGAAGCCCCAGAACCAGUCAUGGCAUACCUGUGUCAGAUGUACCACCUACAGGACGUCCCUAUUGGCACUGAGAACACCAAACAGAACAUAGAGAGGGUGCUGAGAGAGUCAGGUGUUCGUUGCAUCUACACCCCUGGAACCCAGGUGAGAAAAAAGUCUCGGUACACGGGAGAGGUCAGUUCCACCAACAGCUCCGUUCGGGAAGCUAAUCUGCUGAACCUGUCAGUUGAUGCAGAGCAGAGGGCACAAGUGGAGAGGGAGCUUACGGAAGCCCUGACCAACCGAGAUGCGGGACAGGAGCAGUAUAAGGAGCUGGACAAGAAGGAGGAUGAAUUGAGACUCAGGGACAACAGACUGAGGCAGGAGAAGAAAGAGCUAAGUGCAAAGAGAGAGAAAAAGAGUCGCCUUGAGCAGCAGAUCAGGACCAAGGAGUCCAGGAUCCAACAGUAUGAGAACGAUGCUGUUGACCUUGAAGCAGCAGAGAUGGAAGCUAAGGAAAAGAUUGUUGCCAUCAAUGACAAAAGACUCAAGCUGGUCAAAGAACUCAAGGACUACAUCAAGAAAGUAUUGGACCACCACAAGGAGAAGGUUGAGCUCAGUAUGCAGCACCUCCUGGCAACAGCAGAGGUGUCACGCCUGGAGACGGAGCAGAGGGAGUGGUCGGACACAGAGCGCAGGCUCAAGCAAGAGGCACACAUGGCGGAGCAGGAGGCCAAGACUGCCAAAGACAGGUACAAACGCUCCAUAGAUGUGGUGAAGGAGACUAUCGGUCUGGAGCAGCGAGAAGACACUGGGGAGUUGUCACCACCUCAGCACUGGAUAGACGCCUUCAACCAGUAUCCUACUGAUGACCUGGAUGAAAUAGAAGCCAUGAUCAACGACACCAGAGCCAGGGCCGACCUCUGCUUCCAGACUGACCCGGGGGUCAUACAAGAAUAUGAAAAGAGGCAAAGGGACAUAGCCAAGCUCAACAGAGAGGUGGACCAGCAAGGGAAUCACCUGGAGAGUCAGCGGCAGGAGAUUUGUGUGGUGCGGGAGCGCUGGCUGACGCCGCUGCGGGAACUGGUGGACAGGAUCAACUACAACUUCUCCCGCUUCAUGAGCAUGUUGGAAUGUGUGGGGGAGGUCGACCUGCACGCUGAGAACGAGGAGGACUACGACAAGUAUGGAAUCAGGAUACGCGUGAAGUUCCGUAACGCGUCCCAGCUUCACGAGCUCAACCCGUACCACCAAAGUGGCGGAGAGCGCAGUGUGUCCACCAUCUUGUAUCUCAUGGCACUACAAGAGCUGACCAGGUGUCCCUUCAGGGUCGUGGAUGAAAUCAACCAGGGCAUGGAUCCCACCAACGAGCGGCGAGUGUUUGACCUGGUUGUGGGGUCAGCUUGUAGGGAGAACACCUCCCAGUACUUCCUCAUCACCCCCAAGCUUCUGCCAGACCUCAACUUUAAGGACAACAUGACGGUUCACUGUGUGUUCAACGGGCACUGGAUGCUGCCCACUGACAAAUGGGACCUCAAGAAGUUCCGCAAGAUUCGCAAGAAGUUCAAGUACACACAGGAAGAUGAAUAGUGAGAAGAUGAAGGAAGACAACAACAACAGCAACAAACACAUCAAGAGUGCAAUGAGGACUGAAAAGAGUUGAAUGGGUCUCUGGGAUAUAGCAGUUGUAACCAAAAUUAUAGUUUCACCUUUUGAACAUUGCUAUACUCAUGUGGCAGUACCAAGGCAUGUCAUCAGUAGCACGAUUCGCCUCAUCAUAAGUUUAGUUUUUCCUGUCAGGUACAGCAGGUACAAAACAUACAUUGAUUCAUGUAUCAUUCAUGUGACACUAGGGUCACUUUCACGUCUUUAAGACAGUGUUAUUUAGCUUUAACAAAACAGAGCAGAGCACACAAUUAUACCUACACCAUUUCCCCACAUAGAGUUUAGUUGUAUUUUGAUCAGUUUGCCUAAAGUACCAGUACUUCAGCAAGGAUGUCUGUGCAAUAUAUUUGUAUUGUGGAAAAAUUCAGCUUUGGCUUUUAGAGGCAAAAAAAUGACUGAAAGAUGGUUUGUUGAUGUGGUAUACUAGUACAACAGAAAUGUUACACAUCAUAGAAAAAGUUGAGAACGUUACUUUCAUCUCUAGCACGUUUCUAUUCAAUAGUUGCAUUUAUAGUAAACACAAGGACUUACAUUCCUCUAGUAUAGCAUUGAUAUUUAGCAUUGAGAACAAGAUUUGUUACAAAGAUUCCAAGCUUCAUACUGGGUUCAGCAUCCUGUCUAUAAGAUUAAAAAAAGCUAGUUAUCUAAUGACUAACUCUGUUUUAUGUAUUUUUUUCUCAAGAGACAUAUUUCCAGUUUCAUUAUUUGCAUGUCUUUAAAGUGGACACAACAGCAUUAUAGAUGUUGAUUCUGAAAAAGAUCCGACAGAGAGUGAACAAAUUUUUGUUAGGUAGUAAGGGCAAUGAGAUCGUUCACAUAAAAAUCCCCAAAGCCAAAUAUUUCACGUUUUUGAAACUGGAAAUUUUCUCAAUUGUCAAAAGAUUACGUUCUACUAACAAAGUUGUUCACUUAAUACACAAGUUUUUGUUCUUCAUUACACUUUGUUUUUACACUAAUACCACUGUUCCUCUGAUAUACAGCAAGAGAGCACGCUCUGCAAGCUGGAUGUAUGUAGAGAGCAAUAGCUGGAAUUCAAUAAAAGUCAUACACCAG